CCGUGUGACUGUGACUUCUGAGAGUCGGGAGAGCCAACAACCAAAAGAGGCCAAUGCCGCCGCCGCCGCCGCCGUCGCAGGGAGCAAUGGCCACCGGCGCCGCCAACCACCUCCUCCCCUGCUCCGUCGGCCGUCCGAAGGUGACGAAUCAGCGGCGCAGACCCGCCUCCCUCUCCGUGCGCGCGUCCAGCGACGCCAACACCGUGACGCUCCUGGACUAUGGCGCGGGCAACGUCCGCAGCGUGCGCAACGCAAUCCGUCACCUCGGCUUCAACAUCCGCGACGUGCGGAGUCCCGAGGACAUCCUCGCCGCCGACCGCCUCGUAUUCCCCGGAGUCGGAGCUUUCGGCUCCGCCAUGGAUGUCAUCAACAGUACAGGCAUGGCCGACGCGCUUCGCGAGUACAUCCGCAGGGACCGCCCCUUCCUGGGUAUCUGCCUCGGCCUUCAGCUGCUAUUCGAUUCCAGCGAGGAGAAUGGCCCGGUAAGCGGCCUUGGUGUGAUACCUGGAGUUGUCAGGCGGUUCGACUCUUCGGAGGGUCUCAUAGUGCCUCACAUUGGAUGGAACGCGCUCCAGAUCACCAAGGACACGCAGCUGCUGCAAGGAGCUGAUGGCCACCAUGUGUACUUCGUUCACUCCUAUCACGCUCUACCUUCAGAUGCGAACAGAGACUGGAUUUCGUCAACAUGUAACUACGGUGAGAGUUUCAUAUCAUCUAUCUCGAUGGGCAACAUUCAGGCAGUUCAAUUUCAUCCAGAGAAGAGCGGAGCUACUGGGCUUUCCAUUUUUGAAAAAUUUCUCAGUCCUAACUCUUCAGGGGCAAAGGCCCCAGCUCAUAGGAAAGCAUCAAAACUUGCAAAGAGAGUGAUAGCAUGCCUUGAUGUUCGGUCAAAUGAUAAUGGGGAUCUUGUAGUAACAAAGGGUGACCAGUAUGAUGUAAGAGAUCAUAGUAGUAGCAAAGAGGUAAGAAACCUUGGAAAGCCAGUGGAAUUAGCAAGUCAAUACUACAUAGAUGGGGCUGAUGAGGUCAGCUUCUUGAAUAUAACUGGUUUCCGUGCCUUUCCAUUGGGUGAUUUGCCAAUGCUAGAGGUGCUACGUUGCGCAUCUGAAAAAGUUUUUGUGCCACUUACAGUUGGUGGCGGUAUAAGAGACUUCACAGAUGAAAGUGGACGAUACUAUUCAAGCUUGGAAGUAGCAUCAGAAUAUUUCAGGUCUGGUGCUGACAAGAUUUCAAUUGGAAGUGAUGCUGUUUUUGCUGCUGAAGCCUAUUUACAGACUGGUGUGAAGACAGGGAAAAGCAGCUUGGAGCAAAUUUCUAGAGUAUAUGGAAAUCAGGCUGUAGUUGUAAGUAUUGAUCCUCGAAGAGUAUAUGUAAAAAGUCCAGAUGAGGUGCAAUUUAAAACUGUAAAAGUGUCCAGUAAAGGUCCAUCAGGAGAAGAAUAUGCAUGGUACCAGUGCACAGUAAGUGGUGGGCGUGAUAGCCGGCCUAUAGGAGCAUAUGAACUAGCAAAAGCUGUCGAAGAAUUGGGCGCAGGAGAAAUACUACUCAACUGCAUUGAUUGUGAUGGUCAGGGCGGUGGGUUUGAUAUAGAUUUGAUCAAAAUGGUGUCGGAUGCUGUGACAAUUCCUGUCAUUGCAAGCAGUGGUGCUGGUGCUGUGGAACAUUUUUCUGAAGUCUUUGAGAAAACAAAUGCUUCUGCUGCCCUUGCUGCUGGCAUUUUCCAUCGGAAAGAGGUUCCCAUUCUAGCAGUGAAAGAGCAUCUGGUAGAUGCUGGUGUGGAGGUCAGAAUGCUGUAAUCUAAGAUGGACUAGCCUAACAUACCGUGUGAAACCUUUGGUUUAUUUGAAAUUUUCUAUCAGAUGUAACAAUGGUAUCUUGGGAGCAUGUGUGGUACAGUGGCAGUGCAUAGAAUAUUGAUUGGAAAUGCAAUUUCGGAAUAAAUUAAUAAGAAUGACGCUUUGAGUGCUCAA